AUGGCGCACUCGGCCACCAUAACCGGCCUCGCCGCCGACCUGAUCACCAGCUUCGCCGGCCAGUCCGUGACGAACGACUCGCGCAAGUUCAGAAGAACCAAAGAUGCCGUGGCGCGAGGCCUUCGCGCCCAGCAAUGGACGCGCACGAACCAGUUUGACGUGCAGGAGAGCUAUGAAGGCUUGGUGGAGAAGUUCUUCGUCUUGAACCGCAGCGACCUUGCCGAAGCUCUGGAGGUUCGUCUGAAAGAAAUCGAGAGAACACCUGGAAGAUGGACCCCGGAGAUACUCUCUCUUUUCCUGCACCUGUCGGAUAAUGCUGUAGAGAAAGCCAGCGUCGAAAAUCUCGAGUUGUUGAAACCGCCGGAGCCGCCUCCGUCGCUAACGUGGGCGGAGAUUAUCGCCGACGACCCUCUGGAUGAAGAGGGUGUCUGGGACGAUAUCGACUAUGCUGCCGAGUCCUCCGAAGAGGAGCGGCAGCCUAAGAGAAAGCGCGCUGCCACCACCAGAGAACCCUCACCACCAACAACUGAAGAGGAUGAAGAAGACGACUUCGUAGCAGUCGCCGAGACUUUCCUCCUCCCAUCGAGGCCCUCGACGCUCGAAGAGGUUUCUGAAUCCCAAUUCUGGCGCAAAGAAAAAGACAAAACCGAGCCUACAGAAAAAGACAUUAAACAGAGUCCUGGGGGAAGGCAAACGUCCCAAAUUACUGAACUCCAAGCCAUUCGCGAGACAUUAUUUAUGCUUGCUGGGCUACCCACGUCACUGUACCGGUUGGAUAAGAAAACAGCACAUGUUGACUGCAAUGACCGUUUCAUUCUUACGCACGCCAUGAUUCCAACCUGGAAGAAUCAACUACGGGAACUUGCCAGCAUCGGUGACGGUCUGCUUGAACUUCGAUCGUGGACAAGCGGUAGGCAAUCCGUCGCGCUCCUACAGACAUUUCAGGCAGCUGUAGUAGAAGAGAUAGGUCAAUUUGACAAAUAUCUCGCUCAGCUCCAAGGCUGCUAUUUGGUCAGCCUUACCGCGGUUAUGGUGAAGGUACAACAACGAGCCGAACUACUGUUACGACUCAAGGACCUAAUUAUGACGGCUUCACAAUCUGACGGCCCGUUUACUUUCAUUGAAGCGCUGUACAAUCAGAUCAACCUGUCACAAGUCGUCAAUGAACCAUGCUUGUUCCAGACUUUGGGCAGAAUAUUCUUUCAGUGCUUACAAACCUACCUGAAGCCCAUUAGAGAAUGGAUGGAACAAGGAGAACUUGGCCUCGACGAUCAAAUAUUUUUUGUGGGCGUGGCAGACAAGAGCAGCGAAGCAGCGUCGUUGUGGCACGACCAAUACGUCUUGCGGCAUGACAGCGGCGGAGAAUUGCAUGCCCCCAGCUUUUUGCAUCCAGCAGCGAAGAAAAUAUUCAAUUCGGGGAAAAGCGUCGUCUUUCUGAAGGAAUUGGAAAGACACGACAUAGCAGCCUCGUCGAUUGAGACUGAGCCAUGUUUGGACCUCGAAGCAGUCUGCGGCGGAGUUGGAGUUCCUUUGGCGCCGUUCUCAGAGCUGUUCAACUUGGCUUUUGAGGAUUGGAUUAGGAGCAAAUACACACUUGCCUCGACUGUCUUGCGCCAGCAUCUUUAUAGCGGGCUUUGGCAGUCACUCGAUGCUCUAGAGUUUAUCUACUUUUCUAGAGAUGGCUCGCUCAUGCAAAGCUUUGCGGAUAUGGUCUUUGAGAAACUGGACCGCGGGCGGACUGGCUGGAAUGACCGAUAUCUCUUAACAGAGAUAGCGCGAAGUGUCUAUAGCGUUGUGCCCUCGGUCAAUGCCGACAGACUGGUCGUCCGGCCAGUAGCAACAAAACAAAAAGGACGGACCGUCAAGGCCCUAGGCAGCAUCGCCGUCGACUACAUCCUCCCCUGGUCCAUUCUCAACGUAGUCCAACGCAGCUCAACCCCCACCUACCAACGCAUCAGCACGCUGCUGCUGCAAGUCUACCGGGCGCGCUACCUGCUGCGGAGCACGCAGCUCUGGCACAGCGGCACGCCGCAGCACGCACAAGCGCAGUACUACCUGCGGCACCGGCUCCUCUGGUUCGCCGACAUGCUGCACGGCUACCUCACCGAGACGGUUCUGUGGACCGCAACCACCGCGCUCCGCAAAGCCCUCGCCGACGCAGAGGACAUCGACGUCAUGGCCGCCCUGCAUGCAAACCACGUCCACCUGCUCGACCGCCAGUGCCUGCUCACGCCGCAGCUGCGCCCGAUCCUGCAGGCCGUGCUCGCCCUGCUCGACCUGAGCGUGUUCUUCACCGACGCGCUGGCGGCACUGAGCGGCGAGGGGAGUCUUAACGUGCACGCGCGGCGCGAGACGACGCCGCGCAGCGGCGGGGGUGGUGGUGGCGGUGGCAGCGACAGCGGCACGCGGCGUCGGCCGGCGGGCUCGGGCGAGGACACGGACGAGGACACGGACGAGGAUGAAAACGAGGCUGAGGAUGGGGACGAGGAUGCUGACGCCGGCAAAGAGCGCGCGAGGCGCGCGACUAGCUCCGAGAGCGCGGAGGCGGCGCGGCCGGAGAGCUUGGCCCAGAUGCGCGCGCAGUUCGGGCAGCUGCUGGGGUUUGUGGUUGCGGGGCUGCGGGGCGUGAGCCGUGCGGGAGGGGAGAGGGCGUGGGAGAUGCUGGCUGAGAGGCUGGAGUGGGGUGUUAGUGUUAUGACGUUGUUGGCGCCGCACACCGAUCAGAAGGUCUUCGUCAGUGUCGAAUGCAGCGUCAGUCAUGGUUAUUGA